CACUCUACACCAUCUCCAUAACCAAUUAAGAAAAUAUCACUCUCAAUCUAGUCACUCUUCUUCAUCUAUCUAUUCUGUUAUCACAAGAAUUCACUGUGCGAGUGUGGAUCACCUAAGCAUUGUUGAAGACAGAAAUAACUAACCAUGACGGGAGGAGGCUUCAGCGGCGGCAACGACAGAGAAUUUGAGGCAAAGAUAACUCCUAUCAUUAUCAUUUCAUGCAUAAUGGCUGCCACCGGAGGUCUUAUGUUUGGUUACGAUGUUGGAGUUUCAGGUGGCGUGGCCUCGAUGCCACCCUUCUUGAAGAAGUUCUUUCCAACAGUCUUGAGACAGACAACGGAAUCAGAUGGGUCGGAAAGUAACUACUGCAAAUACGAUAAUCAAGGGCUGCAGCUAUUCACUUCAUCAUUGUAUUUGGCGGGUUUAACAGUAACCUUCUUCGCGUCUUAUACAACUCGAGUACUAGGGAGAAGGCUCACAAUGUUGAUUGCUGGCUUUUUCUUCAUAGCUGGAGUUAGUCUUAAUGCAUCUGCUCAAAACCUUCUCAUGCUCAUCGUUGGUAGGGUCUUACUUGGCUGUGGAAUUGGUUUUGCAAACCAGGCCGUGCCAGUUUUCCUUUCAGAGAUUGCACCUUCUAGAAUACGUGGAGCAUUGAAUAUACUGUUUCAGCUUGAUAUCACUCUUGGCAUUCUCUUUGCUAACCUUGUCAAUUAUGCCACCAACAAAAUCAAAGGUCAUUGGGGUUGGAGGAUAUCUCUGGGAUUGGGAGGUAUCCCAGCAUUACUCCUCACUUUAGGGGCUUACUUGGUAGUGGACACCCCAAAUAGUCUCAUUGAACGUGGUCACUUGGACAAAGGAAAAGCUGUUCUGAGAAAGAUUCGUGGCACGGACAACAUUGAACCCGAGUUCUUAGAGUUAGUAGAAGCAAGUCGUGUUGCUAAAGAGGUGAAACAUCCAUUCAGAAAUCUCCUCAAGCGCAAUAACCGACCUCAACUUGUCAUUUCCAUUGCUCUAAUGAUUUUUCAGCAAUUCACUGGCAUCAAUGCGAUAAUGUUCUAUGCUCCAGUUCUGUUCAACACCUUAGGAUUUAAGAAUGAUGCUGCACUUUACUCUGCUGUGAUUACUGGUGCAAUCAAUGUCAUCUCAACUAUAGUUUCAAUAUAUUCAGUGGAUAAACUUGGUCGUCGAAAGCUAUUACUGGAAGCUGGUGUUCAAAUGUUGUUGUCACAAAUGGUGAUAGCAAUUGUACUAGGAAUCAAAGUGAAGGAUCAUUCUGAGGAACUCUCAAAAGGGUAUGCAGCUCUUGUAGUUGUUAUGGUUUGUAUUUUUGUGUCAGCAUUUGCAUGGUCAUGGGGUCCACUUGCUUGGCUUAUUCCAAGUGAGAUAUUUCCACUAGAGACUCGUUCUGCAGGACAAAGUGUAACAGUUUGUGUCAACUUCCUCUUCACUGCUGUCAUUGCACAAGCUUUCCUUUCAAUGCUUUGCUAUUUCAAGUUUGGUAUCUUCUUUUUCUUCUCUGGUUGGAUCUUGUUCAUGUCAACUUUUGUCUUUUUCCUUGUCCCUGAGACAAAGAAUGUCCCUAUUGAAGAGAUGACACAAAGAGUGUGGAAGCAGCAUUGGUUUUGGAAGAGGUUUGUUGAAAAUGAUUAUAUUGAAGAUGAGAAAGUAACUGGUGGAAAUUCCCCUAGCAGAAAUGAUCUUGUUUCUCAGUUGUAAAUUAAAGGAAUUUCUAGUACUAAGUUGUUUUGUCAAAUAAAUGCAUGGUUAGAUUCGUUUGUUAUUACAGCUAACCAGACUUUAUCAUUCCCAUUGUGUUAAGUAGUUUUUGCUUGUAACAUUGUAAUGUUUGUAAGUUAUAUUACUAUGUUUCUUAUGUUCCCAUUUAUAUUUCCCAAUGUAUUAUUAUUUGUCUUCUGUUUAAA